UUGCAUGCUCGCGUUCACAAAUUCCCAGCAAAUCACGGAAUCCAUGACUAGCAGCUUGUUUGGCUCAUCCAUGAAUGGAGCAGGAGUGGGUGCUGGAAUCGAGCUUCCCGCCUUCACGGCGGCACGGCAAGCCUUGCCAAAAGCAGCUCGAGAAGCAGGGAACAAAAACACCGUAUUUUUAUGCAGCAGAUGCACAGAGCGUGCGUCUGUCCCUGUUAAAGCACACGGACGAGGCACGGCCAGGCGUGUGCGAGCUGUGCCAGCAGGAGCAUCCCGGGAGCAAAUCCAGCUCCAGAGGGGCCACACGCCCCCCGACUCCUUGUUUUGCGACCUGGCCUGAUGCGUGCCGAGCUCUGUGUCGUUUCCGUGCCGCAUGGGAGCAGUGGGUCCUGGAUGUAGGAAAUAUGAAUGACUGGCAGAGAAAAAGCCCUCUAGACUGGGAAACGUAUGUGAACAAGUUGGUGAAAGUUGUUGCAGUUGAGAAAUAUGAAUAUGAAGGAUGGCUUUUAACAGUUGACCCAGUUUCUGCCACCAUUGUCCUCGCAACAUUCCCAGAGAACGAGAAAGGAUCCUUGUCAUUCAUCAUGGGCCACGCUGUCCAGGAGGUGGAGGUCCUGCAGGAAGGGGACAGUGACAUGAAGCAGCGCCUCGCUCGCAUCCUUGCGCCCGAGGAAAGCCAAGCCUACAGCGCGGAGGAGCUGGAGAAGAGGAAGAACGCCUUGAAGACGUGGCUGGAGACAAACCACAUCCCCGUGGGCGAGCAGGGCGAGCUGGGCCGGACGCUGAGCGUGGCGGGGGUGCUGAGCAUCGAGCCCCCGUACGGCCCCGAGCAGUGCAGCAGCACCAACGAGAUCAUCCUGUGCCGCGUGCAGGGCCUGCUGCAGCGCUUCCUGCAGCAGCAGCAAAGCUGAGGGCUGCUCCUGUUGAGGCUGCUGCAGCGCUGCCUGCAGCAGCAGCGCUGCUGAGGGCUGCUGCUGCUGAGGACUUCCAUCUCCUGGAGCUCUCCUGCUUUAGGAACCGUCCCGUUUCAGAAGCUCUCCUGGGUGUCAAUAUUCACAGUUUGCAGAAAUGCUGCGUUUUGGGUACUUUUGUCUUGUUUUUUUUGUAUGUAAAGGAAGGAAUAAAGAAGAAUAAACUCAAAGCACAAGCAUUUUUUCAUGUGCUAUUUUUAUUAGUAGCAAACUGUUGGAUAAUGCUGAUGUAAUAAACUGAUUUGUCAGUUAAGAGUUUUUGUAACAAUAUUGUAAAAGGUGAUAUAUAAUACAUUUAACCUGUUUUCCCUUUAAAACUAGUUUAAUUUUAUAGUGCUGAAGGUGUGUUUAUUUGAACUGCCUACCAGAUUCUUCUUUUUUUUGUUUUAUUUAGAAAGCAAAUUAUGACAUCUGGACUUCCCAAACCAAAU